GACGAUGUUGUCCCCCUCUCCUAUCCUUACUAACAACAGACCUAUAUUUUCAAAAGGUUCUUGUUGGCAUUGAACGUUGUCGGAAGUCCGGCUGUUUUUGAUCUGUUUUCUUAAUGAAUAGUUGGAUGGCGGAGCAAAUUAUAUCUUGCAUAUUUCCAAGCCAGGAUCACUCGGGGUGUCUGGAUGCUAGGUUGAGUCUUGUUGGGAUUGGAUUGUUCAGAUUUCCAAAAUGAAGUGAGAUUGGUUGCCAGGGGGGGAGAGGGGGGAUUUCCAUCUGUGCUUUAUCAGUCUACAUAAAUAUGUAGUGUUCUUUCAUAAGCCAUCCAUCCAGUUCACAGCCCAGCACCCCCCCCAGCCCAGCCCUGCCCAGUACAUCACCAUGUCCCACUUCUUCCAUCGACCACUCCCACUCCCACUGAUCACCCAGGCUCAGACUCAGCUCAUCACAAGAAGGAAACAGUCAACCCAUCUCCAGUCAACCGACCUCAUCCAACUCUACCAAUCACAACUGACCAUCGGAACCCUCAGAGCAGACGAACACCAAACCAGGGCAAUCUACCAACUUCAACCCAUUCACGAAGCUCUGAAAGAGUACACCCCUCAUCCCAGACUGCUCGGCCUGUUCGACCAAGCCCUACUGUCUCCUUCAACUGCCAAUCAGCCCAUCGAUCCAUCAGUCUUACCUGCUCUCGAUACUCAUUCAUCAACUGCUCUGAUCAAAAUCCUAACUCAAAACCAACACACUGCUGAUCGAGAUGCCCCUCCUGGAUUCCUCUUGACUGGCCCUCCUGGGACUGGUAAAACACUACUCAUGGACUUGUUUUUUGAUAGUCUGCCCAUCAACCAGAAAUUCAGAAGACAUUAUCAUCACUUUCUGUUAUCUCUAUACUCAUUGGUCUCGCGACGUUUAGAACAAUCUAGGUUAUCUGUUGAAGACGCAUCAGAAAUCUUGAGCUUGAAGCACCAACCAAGUGGAUAUCUACCCCCCAAACAAGAUCGUGCACGGAAUCAGGCAUUAUCUCAAGGCUGGAGAAGUAUCUUCGCUGGUGGCAAGGAUCCUAGAGAUCCUUCUCUCAAUGGCCCAAACUUCGUCCUAGCCCAAGUGGCACGUGACUUGAUUCUGAACCAGGGAUGGGUUUUAGCAUUUGACGAAAUUCAGAUGGUUGAUGUUGCUGGUGCUGGGAUUCUGAGUCGCGUCUUAGAAUGGUAUUGGAGGCUAGGUGGUGUAGUAAUUGGUACCUCGAAUCGGCUUCCUGAACACAUGUAUGAUCAAGGAGUUCAGAAAUCCACUGUGGCUCCGUUCUUGGAUCGAUUGAAAAUCAAAUCUCCGGUGGUCUCGUUAGAUUCUGACGUAGAUUGGCGAUUGAAUCUAUCUUUAGAAUCUGGAGAGGGUGAGAAUGUACCUAAGGCAUCGCAUUGGUAUCAAAAUAUCGACUCUGGGGUGUGGAAAGAACUAGUUGAUUCACAUUUACCAUCACCCCUCAAGACGGAGUUGGUCGUCUAUGGGCGGACAAUCAUCGUUAAUCGAUCUGACCCUCCCUCCAAGUCUGCAAUAUUUACUUACCAGGAGCUCUGUGAAACCGCAUUGGGUCCAGCUGAUUAUUUGAAGAUUUGCUCAACUUUUGAAACAAUUCUGAUCGAGGGCGUGCCUGUUUUUACCACGUUCAUGAAGAAUGAAGCCAGAAGACUGAUUACGUUUAUAGAUGCGGCUUAUGAAUGUUCAAUCAAACUAUAUGUGAAUUCGCAUACCUCGAUCGACAAAUUAUUCUUUCCAGAUGCUUUAGAUCAACGUCACCAAGCGGAUGCCAUCGAGCUGGAGACGUUGGCGGAUGUUGUGGAGGAGCUAUCCGAGCCGUUUCGACCGAAUGUGUCGAGCUACCAAGACAUCUCUGUUGUUCAACAAACACCCACUCAUGACCCCCAGAAGAAGAACCACAGGAUUGAGAAAACUGUAGUAGAACAACUGGCGAUCUUUAGUGGCCAAGACGAGAAAUAUGCGUUCGAUCGGGCGACUUCUAGAUUAUUUGAAUUAACUAAAUCGGGGGGUCGGAGUUCGAAGGCAUGGAGUCCACUCGAAUUGGACUUGACUCCCAAUCGAUCACCACCAUCACCAUCACUAUCAUCAUCAUCAUCAUCAACCGCCACACCGGUAAAAUCGAACGUCCGCCAGCAGGCAGACAAUCUGGAUCCUCAUAAAGAUAAUGGAGAUGAAUCGUUGUUCACUCGUCCCAAGUUCUCUGAGGUCCACUUUUGGGGCAUCAUGCAAUGGGGAAAACGGGCCGGUCGAUGGGGUCAAGGAGUAGAAGCAUUCAACACCCACAAUAAGAAACCCAAAUCUUAGACGUUUGACUUGUAAAUUUAGACUUCUGGAUGGAUUAUGUAUCUUCUCAAUGUGUGCAUAGUUUUUUUCUUUCUUUUUUGUAAUGAACUGUGUAGGGUCAGGUAAUCCCCUUAUCUCUGUCUAA